AUGAAGAAUUGUUUAAUAGCGCCAGCAGAACUUAAGAUACAGCGCGUCAAAACUAAAAUAGUGUUAGCAGCUGUGGCAGUUUCAAUGGGGUCAAUGAUCAUCGGUUUCUCAUCCGCUUAUACGUCUCCAGCUCUCGCCAGUAUGUUAAAUAGCACUGACAUCAAUGUUACAGAGGAAGAAGCCAGUUGGAUCGGAAGCUUAAUGCCUUUGGCAGCACUCGUUGGUGGCGUUGCUGGUGGAGCAUUAAUAGAUUAUAUCGGGCGUCAAAGAACAAUAUUACUUUUAGCGCCACCAUUUUUCGUCGGAUGGAUGUUAAUAGCUACUGCUACUGUGGUUCAUAUGGUGUUAGCCGGACGUGUUAUAUGUGGACUGUGUGUUGGAGUUGGAUCACUAGCAUUUCCAGUUUAUCUUGGGGAAGCAAUCCAACCAGAAGUUCGUGGCACUCUAGGUCUCUUUCCUACAGCUAUUGGUAAUAUAGGCAUAUUAGUUUGUUAUGUGGCUGGAAAGUAUCUAAACUGGUAUCAACUUGCAUACUUAGGAGCCGCGCUACCUAUCCCAUUCUUUAUUUUGACACUAUUAAUCCCAGAAACACCUCGUUGGUACAUAUCUCGUAAUCGUAACGAACGCGCCCGAAAAGCACUUCAAUGGCUUCGUGGAAAAAAUACCCAAAUUGACAAUGAAAUCCGCGAAAUAGCUCUUUCAGAUGCCGAGGUAAAAAGUGAUGAUUUUAGUAUGAGGGAGCUUUUCAGUAUUAAAUACAUGAGAUCUAUAUUAAUUUGCCUAGGGCUGAUGACAUUUCAGCAACUGUCGGGAAUUAAUGCUGUUAUUUUUUAUACCGUAAAAAUUUUCAAAUUAUCUGGAAGUUCAGUUGACGAAAAUUUAUCAACUAUUAUUGUAGGAUUUGUAAAUUUUGCAUCUACUUUUGUUGCAACUGCACUCAUUGAUCUAGCUGGACGCAAAGUGUUACUAAUUAUAUCCUCGGUAAUCAUGACCAUUAUGUUAACUAUACUUGGAUCAUAUUUUUAUGUGAAAUACAACACAGAAAUAGAUGUCGCAUCUUUAGGAUGGCUACCCUUGACGUGCAUAAUGAUAUACUUGUUGGGUUUCUCUUUAGCAUUCGGACCGAUCCCAUGGUUAAUGAUGGGUGAAAUAUUGCCGGCCAAAAUAAGAGGUGGUGCUGCAUCUUUAGUUACAGCAUUUAACUGGUUAUGUACGUUCACGGUUACGAAAACUUUUCACAACAUUCUGGAAGGUAUAGGCCCAGCUGGUACAUUUUGGUUAUUUGGAUCUAUUUGCUUUAUAGGCUUAUUUUUCGUUGCGAUUUUUGUCCCAGAAACAAGAGGAAAAAGUCUUGAACAGAUUGAAAAUAAGCUAACUGGUAGAGCGAGCACUAGAACUCGCAGACUGAGUUCUAUUGCUAAUAUAAAACCAUUACCAAGUGGUUGUUAA